AUGCCUCCCGGACGCGAAUCCUCCAGCAAUUCUCCAUACAACGUCGCAAUGCCGCGUCGCAAAGCGAACGAGGGAAAGAAGCCCAUAAAGCUGACUGCUCCUGUAGCUAUUAGCGACGAUGAGAUGUCCGAAGCCAGCGGCGAAAUCGCCAUCCCGCUCAAGGAGAAGCGCGCGAAGAGCCGAUCCGCAGAAUACCGAGACGAUGUCAGCGAAGCUAAGAGCGAAGAAGACAUUCCCAUCAUCUCCGGCGACUUGAACGGCAACGCCACCAAGCCUGCCAAGGCUUCUAAAACAGGCUCUGUUGUGGCCGACGAAGAGGACGAGGAAGGCGACGAAGACGAUGAUUUGGAGGCGGAUGAAUACGUUGUCGAGAAGAUUCUUGACCAUCUAGCUUCCGACGACGCAAGUGCCCCUCUUCCGGUGGCAGGCACCGUGAACUUCCGUGUCAAGUGGGAAGGUUACUCGAAGAAAUCAGAUCAGACUUGGGAGCCGGAAGACAGCCUGAAGGAAGGCGCAUCAGAGAUCUUGGAAGAAUACCUUAAGAAGCUCGGUGGACGCGAGGCGCUGUUUGAGGAGAAGACCAAGGCCAAAACGACGAAGAAGCGCGGACGCCCCAGUGCUUCAUCAUCUACACCACCAGCGAGCAGCAAGAGAGGCAAGCGCAAUGGUCACCCCGCCGAAUCUACUCCUCCCGUGUCAGCAAAGGAGGCCAAGGCCAAGGCCUGGACACUGCCCAGCGGUAGCUGGGAGGAUGACGUCGAGUCGAUUGAUGCCUGCGAAGACGAAGAGUCAGGCUCUAUUAUUAUCUACCUCAACUGGCGAAACGGUCAGAAGACUAAGCAUCCCAAGGAGGUGAUGCUGCAAUUCUACGAAAAGCACAUUCGCAUCAUCAAGGCGGGACCUGACGCCGAUCUUCCGGACCUUGAUGCUACGCCCGAGGCCAAGAUGUAG